UUUUUUUCGAUGGCAAUGCACCGAGGUGGGUAGGUAAUAAUUAAAUUACUACUUAAAUGAUUGUCCUUUCUUUGUCUUUUCUUCCUGCCGACGCAAGCCAGCCUGGCUGGCAUUGUUCCAAGCAUGUCAACCAGUUCCAUAUCUACAUACAAGAGACCACCCACCCUGCAACCAUAGACCUGAAACCUAAAUAUCAUGACGCUUUAUAUUUCAUGUCACAGACAAACACAAUACCUACAUACAUACAUACAUACCAUCCAACACCUGCACCUUCACUCCUUCACCACAGACCCCAACCCCACCAACGAACACCAGUAAGACCGAUAUUCUAAGCAAGAAAUACAUACUCAUCUGAUAACCCCCACCCAGCCCUGCCGAACAUCAACCGCGGGGCAAUGGCGCAUCUGGGAGCGCGUCAGACUGAAGUCAAAACUUCGGCCAUAUCGUCCUUCGGGAUGACUGUUAAUCUGAAGGUGGCCGGUUCAAGCCCGGCUUGCCCCAUUCUGCUUUUUUUUUUCUUUUACCCCCCUCGCUCUUUCUUUCUUGAC